CUAGAAACACAGUCUAUAUUGUCAUUCGCAUUAUGGUAUGGCCAGGGGCAGACUGACCAUUUGGAAACUCGGCACUGCCCAAGGGCCCGGGGUCAGUAAGGGGCCCCAUGAGAUGCCCCUUGUACCUUUUUCACAGGCUUUUUUGAGUUUGGGCAAGGACACAGGGGCCCCAUGAUCCCCUAUUGCCCGGGGGCCCCAUGAGUUGUCAGUCCGCACCUGGGUAUGGCACAUGUGUUUAAGGCACAGUAUUGUCUAAGAGUGGUUUGCAUUGCAUAUCUUUUCUG